AUGUCUCAAGGGCCCCCGCAGCCUCCCCCGGGGCCUGCGUCCAACAACAUGUUCGACUUUGGCAAUUUUGGCAUGCAAGACAUGAACGGAAUCGGGAUGACCGACGGCCAAGACAUGAUGGCGCUCCACGACAACUUCAUGUUCAACCUCGACACGAGCAUGUCCAUGAGCAUGGAUCAGUCUGACGACGCAGGCCUGGGCAUGUCGACCACCUUCAACCCCCAGCUUAUGGGUGGGGCCACCAGCCCACAACACGGGUCCUUGGCCCAGCAAAACGGCCUCGGCGCCGGCCCUCUGAGCUUACAGAACUACCAACAAUCCCCUUCCGAAGAGACUGGCCCUGGAGCCGGCCCUCAGCCCAUGACCAGCUUUGCCAUGACCCCAUCCACGCAGAUGCCCAGCGGCUCGACCUUGACCGAGUUCACCAAGAGGAGGAAUUGGCCGGCCAAGGUCGUCGAGGAGCUCAAGGACCUACUGAUGAUCCUAGACGCCGACGGUCGGGUCAAACACGUCUCCCCAAGCGUUACGGCCUUGACUGGCUAUCUGCCGGACGAUAUUCUCGAGAAGUUCCUCAAGGACUUCACACAUGCAGACGACCAAGGCCUCCUGCUCACUGAAUUGAACGAGGCAAUCGCGUCGGGCAGCCAGAUGAGGCUAUUUCACAGGCUAAAAAAGAAAGAUGGCAACUACGAGAUCUUCGAGUCCGUUGGUCACGCACAUAUAGCUGCAGCCAGGUUUGCAGCCAAUCCGAACAACCAGUCAGCCUUCUGCCAAGCUGUGUUCUUCAUGGCGCGUGCCUACCAACAGCAGGAGAAUGCUACGCUCCUCGAUUCCUUCCUCGAACACAAGAUAGAGAACGAGCGACUCAGAAGAAGGAUAGCGGAGCUGCGCAGGGAGGAGGAGGCGGAGACUGAGGAGGCCGCCCGCAGCUGGCGCCAGAGCCAGGACAGCCGAGGAGACAUGACACCAUCCGAAGCUACCAACAUGACGCCCAUGGGGCAGAGCCCCAGUUUCUACCGCUCCAGCUCGGACGCAGCAGCAAUGCCCCCGCCUGAGAGGCCAAACCCACUAAACAUAGCCCUGACCAGGGAGAAUCUCGAGGGCGUCACAGCAGGCAACCGGCCAGACUCCAUCAGGGACAAGAUGGCCCGGUACGAAGGCACUCACGGCGACACAAAUAUAGAGAGGCUCACCGGCUUGCGCUAUAACGAGGGCGAGAGAAGUAGGGGCAUCACGACAGGUAACGCGAGCCCGACACUCAUCAAAGGCGAUGCCGGUAUAGCAAUACCCAUGGACAGAGACCCACGCACCGGCGAAAAGAAGAAGAAGCUCAAGGUUGCUGAGGAAUACGUCUGCACAGACUGCGGCACUCUCGACUCCCCCGAGUGGCGCAAAGGACCCAGUGGCCCCAAGACACUGUGCAAUGCCUGCGGCCUCCGAUGGGCCAAGAAGGAGAAGAAGAAGAGCACCUCCGGUCCAGCAGGUGGGGGCGGUGGCAGUCACAGCAUGGGAGGGAGUGUGCCCUUGCUAGAUCACACUCAGUCGUAA